AAGCGAACGAAGCUCAUCCGGCCCAGAGGCAAGCGCGGGGGCGCAAAGAACCGCAAGCCAUCAGCAAAGAGCGCCACAGAAAGAGCCCAGAAGACCGGAGAGCUAGUGAAGAAGGUCGAGAAGAGACUCAAGGCAGCUACGGAGGACGUAGUAGGCGAGGAGGACUCGGAGUCACCUUCGCCGGAGGCUGAAGCGCCCACUGCCCACUCGCUGCAAAUAUCCCACUUCCACGCCUUGCUCAAGGAGUUGAACCAGCCGUACAUCACCACCGAGCGUCGUCUUGCCAUCGAAGCCGAGAUCGACUCUUUUGGUGGGCUAGAGGCAUACCAAGAUGCCAGUCUCAUCGGAGCGGACAAGACCAAAGGCGGUGAAAGCGGCAAGUGGUGCGCUGCAGCCCUGCGCGAAAUCGUCAAGGAGAACAAGCACGAGGACAAGAUUAGGUUGCUCGACGUGGGCGCUCUUGGCGGUACGGCCUACACUGCUUUUGAAAAGUGGAUCGACGUCACCUCGAUUGACUUGAAUCCUCGCGGCGAGAAUGUACAGCAGUACGACUUCUUUGACUUCCCCGUGCCCAAGGACGAGGAGGACAAGUUUGAUGUGGUCUGUCUCAGUCUAGUUCUGAACUUUGUCGGAGACCUCAACGAGAGAGGAGAGCUCCUGCUACAUGCCCACUCCUACCUUAGCUCAGCAGGAGGCUACCUCUACCUCGUCCUCCCGCUACCAUGCGUAGCCAACUCGCGCUACCUGGACCACACACGUCUUGAGGAGAUCCUCGACUCCACGGGUUGGGAGGUAGUCAAGAAUGGCGACUCGCGGAAAUUGACCCGCUGGCUGCUGAAGAGCAAGCCUGCCGCAGCUGCCGGUGACAAGAAGGGCAAGAAUCUGAAGGCCAAGAGUCAAGAUCAUCCCUACUGGGAUGGACAGGUCUGGAAGAAGGAGGAGAUCAGGGUCAGCGCUACGGCCAACAACUUCUGUAUCAAGGUC